CUUUUACUAGUUUACCUCCGCGAUAAUGAAACAUUGUGAAAUAGGAGACAUUUUGCUGCUGUUUAGGAAGUGUGCCCUGCGCUUCAAUAUACUGCCAACCACCGAGGAUGGGAAGCCUUUGACGAGGCAGUUUCUGAGGAGACGUGACGGAGCGGCUGCGAUAUUCGGAGUUGUUCCUACGCGACACGACCGCGUUGGUUCCCGUUUGCUUCGGCAGCCGCAGUGAGGAACGCAGGCAGCACCAACACGGCAUCCACAUGUCACCGUAGAGUAUGGACGGGUGGAGCCCAAUUGUUGCGACGGCCUCGGAUAACGACCGCUCCAGCUCCGAGGGGGAGUACAUGGUGGAGCCCGGACCCGAAGCCGACGCGCAGGGGCCGGAGGGCAGGGAGCCGCGGGGCAUCGUCAGCCCGGAGAGGAUGGACCCCGAGGGUCCCGCUGCUCUCGGCUUCGGGAUGACCGGGACCGGGGAGGGCAAAGUGGUGUUGGGUAAGGUCGGACAGAGAGACGAGAAGGAACUGCGGUACCUGCACUUGUUGUGGGAGCCCGGCUGCGCGGAGGCGGGCGCCGGGGGGGUGACGAGCAAGAUGGGGAAAAUGACGGGGAGGAGGGCCCGGCGGCAGCACAAGGUGGCCCGCAGCCUCGGGCCCAUGGGGAAAGAUAUCUACGCUGCGAAAAGACUGAGGGAGGCAGCGAACAGCAACGACAUUGACACAGUUCGAAAGCUCCUGCAAGAUGACACCGACCCGUGUGCGGCAGACGACAAGGGGAGGACGGCCCUCCACUUCUCUUCCUGCAAUGGCAACGAGAGCAUCGUGCAAUUGCUGCUGAGCAACGGCGCUGACCCAAACCAGCGAGACAGUUUGGGAAAUACCCCCCUCCAUCUGGCGGCCUGUACCAACCAUGUGCCUGUGAUCACCUCGCUGCUGAGAGGAGGAGCCCGUGUGGACGCCCUGGACCGAGCAGGCAGGACCCCCCUGCAUCUAGCGCGCUCCAAACUCAAUAUUCUGCAGGAGGGAGAUUCACGCAGUUUAGAAACGCUGAGAGGAGAAGUCACGCAGAUUAUUCAAAUGCUGAGGGAAUACCUGAACUUAAUGGGCCAGAGUGAAGCUAAAGAGCGACUCGAGCACAUUUCCACACAGCUGCGGCACACACGCACCAAAGAGCAGGUGGAUGAGGUGACCGAUUUGUUGGCCAGUUUUACGUCACUCAGUCUACAGAAACAGAAUCUAGGGGAUAGGUAGAAGAAAAGUUGUACAUGGAGCUGAAGUCCUGCUACUUUUCAGGAGAAUGCCUCUGCAGCAUUAGCCAUGAGCAGACAAGCUAAUUCUAAACCGUACUGAACCAAAAUUCUGGGGGUUUCUGUCCGUAUUCCAAAGUACAGAUUCAUCUACAGCAUUGUUUCUUCAGGGCCGUGAAAUGUGGACACCUUGUUAUUUUAUAAGAUAAAACCGUGAUUAUUUUGAAAGCAUUUGCAGCUUUAGUGAGGUUUUCAUAGCGUUCCUGUGAGUAAGACUGUAACAGAAAAAUCAUCAUCUGGUUAAAGCGACAAGAUGCUCAAAAUGGAAUUCCCAGUACCGCAAUGAAGUGGGUAUCUAUUUAUAGAGGGAAAGGAGUGUCACAUGUUAGGUUUUCAUAAAACGGAAUAAAAGAAACCCUUUAGGGAAAUAUACAUUAAGAACAGGAAACUGCUGGAACAGAAACCAACCCUCAGGCGCAGUGGGAUCUUCACUCUAGUGUGUGUGUGUGUGUGUGUGUGUGUGUGUGUGUGUGUGUGUGUGUGUGUGUGUGUGUGUGUGUGUGUGUGUGUCUCACAGCUGUGUCUAUGUGCUGACGCAAUCUCUUUUUGCCUGCCAUUUCUAGCUAAGUUUGCUGAUAAUUAUGAGACAUUUUUCAUGAAAUGAUUAAACAGUUUUCACUGUUGUAUUUUGUUUUCUUAUUGACGGCAUCUUUCUAUGCCGUUGCCUUUUCUCCUGUGUUGCAUGUAAUGUUUGUAUGUGAACUGUACUGUAAAAGAACAUUUUUAGAUAUUUGACUAUCGUUGGCAAUGGAUAUGUGAUUCAAUAAAUCAAUGUUUGGCUAUGA